CACCUUCCCCCCCCCCGGCCGCCUCCGCGAACGAAAGGCCAAACCUCUGCCCCCCCCUCCUUGGCUCCUCCUCCUCGUGACUCCCUCCUGCGGUCCCUCCUCCCUCGCCGGUCAAACCCUAACGCGCGCACCCACCCACCCAAACACCCGUCCGUCCGUCAAUCCCUUCUCCCAUGGCGGCGCUCUCCGUGCCUCUCCGCACCGCGGCGGCCCUGUCCUCGUCCGGCGCCGGAUCCCGCGCCGCCGCCGACCCCUCCAAGGUGUCAUGCGUGAGGAGCAAGGGCUCAGCUCAUUUUGGCUGCAGCUUCCCCUCCAUUGCGGCUUCCUCUUCAUCUGCCAGGAACAUUGAGCCACUUAGAGCUAUAGCUACACAGGCACCCCCGGCCGUCCCACAAUAUUCGAGUGGGGAGAAGACGAAGGUUGGCAUCAAUGGGUUCGGUCGGAUUGGGAGAUUGGUUCUGAGAAUUGCAACCAGUAGAGAUGAUAUUGAAGUUGUGGCUGUCAAUGAUCCUUUCAUUGAUGCUAAGUACAUGGCCUAUAUGUUCAAGUAUGACUCCACUCAUGGCCCCUUUAAAGGAUCCAUUAAUGUCGUGGAUGAUUCAACCCUGGAGAUCAAUGGGAAGAAAAUCACAAUAACAAGCAAAAGAGAUCCCGCAGAGAUUCCUUGGGGUAACUUUGGAGCUGACUAUGUUGUUGAGUCUUCUGGUGUUUUUACAACCAUCGAUAAAGCAUCGGUACACUUGAAGGGUGGUGCUAAGAAAGUGGUGAUAUCUGCUCCAUCCGCAGAUGCUCCCAUGUUUGUGGUUGGAGUAAAUGAGAUGAGCUACGAUCCCAAGAUGAAUGUUGUUUCUAAUGCAAGUUGUACCACUAACUGUCUUGCUCCUCUUGCCAAGGUUGUUCAUGAAGAAUUUGGCAUUCUUGAAGGUCUAAUGACAACUGUUCACGCCACAACAGCCACCCAAAAGACUGUUGAUGGUCCUUCAAUGAAAGAUUGGAGAGGAGGACGUGGUGCUGGUCAAAACAUAAUUCCUAGCUCCACUGGUGCAGCAAAGGCUGUUGGGAAAGUCCUCCCUGAGUUAAAUGGAAAGCUUACCGGCAUGGCUUUCCGAGUUCCAACACCAAAUGUCUCUGUGGUCGACUUGACCUGCCGGCUUGAGAAAAGUGCCUCUUAUGAUGAUGUGAAAGCAGCCAUCAAGGCGGCAUCAGAGGGUGCACUGAAAGGCAUUUUAGGCUACACAGAUGAGGAUGUGGUAUCCAACGAUUUUGUUGGUGACACAAGGUCAAGUAUAUUUGAUGCUAAUGCUGGCAUGGGGCUGAGCUCUUCCUUCAUGAAGCUCGUGUCGUGGUACGACAACGAGUGGGGCUACAGCAACCGGGUUCUUGAUCUGAUCGCCCACAUGGCUCUUGUCACCGCCAAGCACUGAUCAGCCACGAGUGCUACUAAUAGGCUGCAAUUUUGCCGGUUUUUUUCUUUUCAGUAUUUAUUAUUGCCUUUGUUGUGCCUUUUGAGCACAAGCAGAAAUGGGUACUCGGAUCCAUGACUUGCUUGUAGCAGUGGACGAAAUUUACACCGUAGCGUUAUGAGCACGUCGUGGGAUUUGUUUGAGCGAAUCUCAUUUGUAUCGGUGGUUUGAUUUUUUGUUGCUAAAGAAAGAAAUCACAAAUUGUUCCCUUUGGGCUUCUCAUGUACUAUGAUUCCUUCAUAUUUUGUUUCCAUGACUUAUUGAUGAAUUUAUCCAAGUUUAA